ACGAAAACAUCUAAUUUAUCUUAUUUCAAAAUAAGACCGGUUUAGUAUUGCUAAUGUGUCAUCAUUAAUGCUUAUCCUUGCUAGUUUCCGAUGUAGAAAAACCAUUAGUUUCUCAUUUUUAUCUUGUGCUAUUUUUCUUUGACGAUGUAAUAGAUUGCAAAUCAUUAUCAACAAAACAAAGCGUUUCAAAAAAACAUCAACGUAUAUUAUAAAUAUGGAAAGAAAAUAGGAACGUCAAACCGAUAGUGAAAAAGAGAACAUUUUCCCAAAAUGUAGAAAUGCAUCAUCAAAGAAUAGAGGGUUUUAGUUUCUUCUUGUAGAAUUCUGGUAGUUAUUUAGUGAUAUUCCCUUGCAGUUUUCCGCCGGUUGCUUACUAGCAGUAUGCCAAACUUCACACUCAGAAAUUGUAUUCUUAGGAUAUAUCCAGCUAAAACUGAUUUUAACACUUGAUAUAUUGGUAUUUAUGGUGUUUUCCUUAUAUUAUUAUUAACAAUGUUCUUUCUGCUUAAUAUCCUGAUUUUUAGUACUAUACUAACCAAUUUUUGUAUAUAUUCGGCAAUGGCUAUAUCUUAGGUUAAAAAAAAACUUGUAGAUUAACGUUUUUGACUGUAUUUCUUAACGUAAACUUAAUGAAUAAUCUUACCAUUGAAUGAAAACAGGAACGUGAAUGUAUGUGUUAGUCUGUUUGACGGUUUAGGUUUUGCAUUUGCUGAGAAGAUGACAAGCUACGGGGGUGAACCAAAAGUUGUCUUGAUCACUAGCAUCAACCCCAAGGUUGUUUGGAGGUGAGUUAUAUUGAAUUGACUUUACUCUACUGCCAUAAUUCAAAAAUAUUAUGUAAAUGAAAAUAUGAUUGUACUUAUAAAAAUAAUAGUAAUUCUCUAAAAAUAUUUAUUUUUAGUCAUAGCAAUAAAAAAGAAAGUUUAAGGGAAUAUUUUUUUAACAUGCUUUUAUUGUAGAUCAAUGUUAUUUAUAUCUCUGAAUAUAGAUGAAAAUGGCAAUCACUAUUUCAUAAAAUAAAUAGAAGUGGAUUGGAAUAUUCAUUUGUCUAUUAUACUAUUUAGAAUAAAAAAAUUAACAGUUAGUUGAAAAUGUUGUAACAUGCUGCUGUGAUGGCUUUAUUUAUCAGAUUAAUCCAAAAAUGUUGUUUUUAGUGUAAUAUUAAUUUAUAGCAAGGCAAAGAGAAAUAUUAACUCAAUCUAUUCUUUUAAAUGCUCUGGCUUGCAAAGUGUCUAUUUUGUUCUCUGAGAAACGAUCUAGCAUUUGAAUUAGAUUUCGGAUUUCCUCUACACAGGUCGAUUAUUCCUCAAUGGAACUUCUGGGACCCACAACUACUUUGACUCUGAGACAGAUGCAGGCAAAGAACGUUAUACACAGUAAGUAACUCUCCUAUGAAUAUUAUAGAUACUUUUCGAUUUAGUUUUUUCCUCACCCAACAUAACCAUCUGUUAAGGUUGUUUGGAGAUGGCUCAAAUCAAACAUCCUCUUCAUCAAAGCUGAUUCAUGCUCAGAAGAUAGAACCCCUCACUGUCUCUGAGCUUAACCAAUAUGUCCUCUCAGCUGACCCUCAGUAACUGGUAUCCAGUCUGAAAAAGGAUGGUGUUAUAUUGGCUGCGCUAGCUGUGCUAAGAAGCUCGUGAAAGAGGAAACAGGUUGGGAUAUGAGUUCCGCCCAUGAAAAGACGACAACAACAUCUUCAUAGGAACCUAUUAAAGCAAUUCUCAUUUGAUGGGUGCUUAUAUGAGUGAAGACUAUCUACUUCUAUCAUUUCUGUUUUAUUUCUUAAAUUUCUGAUAUAGUUUUAAUAAAAAUCUCUCUUUCUUACUUUCAAUUUCUCUACCCGUUUCAAUUAUGAAAAACACUUGCAAGUUUUUAAAAACAUAUAAAAACAACAAGAGAGACUUCCAAAAUCCUAAAACAUUUUACCCGAAAACUACAUCCAGUGCAGGAAAAAUAUACAAAAAAGAAGGUCCAUACUAGUGGUAUAAUUGAAAUGUGGUACCAAAGAAAGUGUAGAAGUAAAAUUUUCCCAAAAAUAUUUAUUAUAAAUUUAAGGGAAGUUUACUAGAAUGUUACAUAUUUUAGGUGUAUUGACUAGAAUGAUACAGAUCUUUUUUUUAUUACUAGAAUAUUUUCGAUACCAAGCGUACCCUUUUUUUACGUUAUGAGAAAAAACGUAUUUACGAGAAUGCCAUUACUUUUCGCUGCCACGUAGGCAAAAAACCGGCGCCACGGAGGAAUUCGCGUCCGUAUUUUUAUUAAGUCAGCUGUUAAGCGAUAGAUACGUAGUUACGGCCGAUUUAUCUUUACGUUACGGCUGACUUAAUACAUACGACUGACUUAAGUGAAAGUGGCUGACUUAAAACUAUAAGUCAGCUUGCCGAUACAACUGAUUUACAGAAAUCCGGCUGAGUUAUGUGAUCACGGCUGACUUAAUGAUACAAAUGACGGCUGACUUAUACAUCGGCGGUUUGAUUUCUGGAAAAUUUGGCUGAGUCGUGGUUAAGAAACGGCUGAGAAACUUUUUUUCAGCUGAGUAAAGGAACAUGGAUGGGCUGGGUUAUUGAAGCCACGGCUGAGUUAUGGGAUGCUGUUACGACUGGGUUUGUAUUAGUCAGCCGUUAAAGCAUGGAUAAACAGUAAACUCAGCUGCUUUGCGGCUGACGUAUGAGCGAAAGAUUAAUUACUAGAAUGUUCUCGUUUGAUGGCUGAUUUACGUAACGAUACGGCUGACAUAUGGUUGUUCAUCCUUAUUGCGGCUGACUUACCGUCAAAAGAUUAAUUACUAGAAUGUUUCCAUGUAUCGGCUGACAAAGUGUAAACAUGAUGGCUGACUUAUUUUGACUGAGUUACUGAUUUGUUUGUCGACUGAUUAAUCGAUGUUCCAUGUCAUCUGCCAUGUCAUCAACUCGGAUUUGACAUGUCAUCACUAACGGUCGCCCAAUUUACAACUGAGUUACGAGACCUUUCAGUUGUCUUCUUCAUCUUAUUUUUGAAUGAUUACACAGCCUUUCUUUUCUUCUUCAUCAUCUCAGUUAUCUAUCCUCUUCAUCUUUCUCAUAUGGUAAUGGAUCCCGUUAUUAUUGUUUCCGGUAAAUGGAUUAUGAAAAAACGAUAUGUAUUCAACGUCGACAGUAGAGGGUGUAGAGUUCUUCAUUUAGGUGAGAAAACUAAACUUGAAGAUUUCACAAAGUCUGUCAUCGACGAUUACGGUUUGAAUGAUUUGAAGGUUCAUAUUCUGCUUUGCUACAUGUUUUCGAAUAAAACAUUGAAAACAAUGGCGCACAACACUCCACCAGUUUACGUGUCCAACACUCGACAAUUGCAAUGUUUUCUAAGCUUAAAGAAAAGCGAACAACUACGUCUCUAUGUGGAGAUUACAGAGAAAAAGGAUGACAGCUCAGACGUAGAAGCUUCAGAAGAAGAAGCUUCAGAAGAAGAAGCUUCAGAAGAAGAAGCUUCAGAAGAAGACGCUUCAGAAGAAGAAGCUUUAGAAGAAGAAGCUUUAGAAGUUGAGUCUAUAGAGAAUGGGAGUUAUGAUGGUUGCAGUUUGGAGGAUGAACAAGAUGAAAUUGAGAAUGACUGCUUUAGUAACGUUGAAAUACACGACGUAGCCGGAGAAGAUGAAAUAGGCAAAGAAAACGAAGAAGAUGAUGAAUUUGAAAGUCGAUUUGAUAUGUUCGAUGACUCGGACGGUGCGUCAUCUGAAGAUGAUAACUUCAGCACAUACGGUGAGUCUCCUAUCGAAGAAGACGAAGAUUCACCAACGCUACCUUCCAAGAAGAGAUAUCAGAACUUCUUGAUGAGCGAAUCUAAAGGGAAUCUGGAGGUUUUGAAGUUGGAGAUGUCGUCGUUAGACCUUGCGGUAGGACAACGAUACUUGACUAAAAAGCAUUUGAAGAGACGACUGAAACUUUUUACAGUGAGGCAUCAAUUUGAUUUUGAUGUAGAAAUAUCAAACCUGACAACAUACGUUGUUAAGUGUUGGGUUGAUGGAUGUACAUGGAGAGUUCGUGCAUCUACCGAAGGAUUGUCCCCGCAGUUUUAUAUUCGUAUUUACGACUCGGAUCAUGCAUGUUCUGUAACUGAGCGUUCUAAUCGAUCUCGAAAUGCAACACCGGAUAUUUUAGGAGAGUUGUACAAGAACUUUCUCGGCGACGUUGGUCCGGCCGUUCGCCCUGAGAGUGUCGGAAUAGCUAUCACUAAGCAGUUUGGUGUAAAGGUAAUUAUGUUACAACGGCUGAGUUAUGGUAGAGUAUAGGCUGGGUUAUUUUAUGUUAGAAAUGGCUGAGUUACAAAACUAUGGUUGAGUUAUGUUUACGUUGUGACCGUCUUAAUGAUAUGAUGUGGCUGAGUUAUGUAAAUUGUUUUUUCAUGUGAGCAGAUGGAAUAUUGGAAAUCACACCGGACGCUUAAAUGUGCAAGGGAAAUCGAUGAGGGCACACCUGAGUGUGGUUUUGAACUCUUGCCUUCUUACUUAUACAUGAUAAGAAGGGCAAAUCCGAAUACAGUUACGCGUCUUCAAAUCGAUGAGCUUGGAAGAUUCAUGUAUGUGUUUCUUGCGUUUGGUGCGAGCGUUAAUGGGUUUCCUUUCAUGCGCAAAGUUGUUGUCGUCGACGGUACGUUUCUUAAUGGUAAAUAUAAAGGGACGCUACUCACAGCACUAGCUCAGGAUGGUAACUUUCAGAUUUUUCCAAUAGCCUUCGCAGUGGUUGACACUGAAAAUGAUGAUUCGUGGAAUUGGUUUUUUACGCAACUAAAAGUGUUGAUUCCUGACCAGGAGGGUCUUGCGAUAAUAUCAGAUAGGCAUAACUCGAUAGGGAAAGCAAUUACAAAUGUGUAUCCGUUAGCUGCUCGUGGAAUAUGCACCUAUCAUUUGUAUAAAAACAUAUUGGGACGGUACAAAGGAAAAGAUGUAUUUCGGCUGGUGAAGAAAGCGGCGAGAUGUUUUAGAAUGUCUGACUUUGAUAUGAUUUUCGAGGAGAUUGAAGCACUUAAUCCUGAUCUCCACGGCUACCUCGAAAGAGCUGAUGUCAGACUGUGGACACGUGUUUAUUUCCCGGGCGAGAGGUACAAUUUGAUGACUACGAACAUAGCGGAAUCAAUGAACAGAGCAUUAUCGCAUGCUAGAGGUCUUAACAUUGUUCGAAUAUUGGAAUCGAUACGGGUUAUGAUGACCAGAUGGUUUGCUGAACGAAGAGUGGAUGCCAGAUCGCAGUCAACCACACUCACGCGCGGUGUGGAGAAACUAUUACAAGUAAGUCAGUCGUAACAGUAAAAUAAGUCAGUCUUUAAAUCUAAUAAGUCAGUCGUUAUAUUGCAUAAGCCAGCUUUAUAAAUAAUAAGUAAGCCGUUUCACGAAUAUUGGGUUUUGUUAAUAGGGACGUGUAAGUGCCUCCCGGGAUUGGACGGUUCAAAGGAUUGAUGACCAUCACACUGAAGUUAAAUAUGGCGCUGCUGGCGAGUCUUUGAAUGUUGUUAAUUUGGUUGAGCGAAAGUGCACAUGUCGGCGUUUCGAUGUCGAGAAAAUACCAUGUGUACACGCAAUCGCAGCUGCAGAGGAAAGAAAUGUUUCUCGUAUAUCACUGUGCAGUCCUUACUAUAAAAGCGCUUAUUUAGCUAGCGCAUACGCUGAAUCGGUCAUGCCGGUUGACUCAGCGCUACCUGUUCCAAAUAACGUGGCUAACGUACAGUGCUUUCCACCGUUUAUUCGUCAACAACCGGGAAGACCUAAAAAAAUAGGAUGAAAUCUGCUUUAGAAGUUUCACUUGCAAACAAACGUCCUAGGAAAGAGCACAUAUGUUCUCGUUGCAGUCAAAGUGGACAUAAUGCGAGAACUUGUCCGAUAUAAGCAAUUGCUUUUCAUGUUGUUUUGUAAUACGGCUGGGUUUUGUGUUGUAAUACGGCUGGGUUUUGUGUUGUAAUACGACUGGGUUUUAUUUUCAUUGAUUUGCACAACGGCUGGAUUAUUAAUUGUAAUACGGCUGAGUUUUGUGUUGUAAUACGGCUGGGUUUUUUUGUUUUAAUGUUCUAUGACGGCUGCGUUAAUGUUUUUCAAAUUUUGUAUUAUGGUUGGGUUUUUAUUUUCAUUGAUUUGCCCGCUUCCCAUUACUCAAGAGAGACACAGACAUCAAAAAACGAGAUGUCCGUACUUAAUUGCCCUACGUUACGUAAUAGCCCCUACGUAAUUAUUGAUUAUAAAGUGGAAUACGAAAGUAGCGAAUAAAAUUAAGAGAAAUUAAUCUUCAUUGGCUGAGAUAAUGUUACUCACACGCCUAAUAAUUGUCGUGAUUUCUAAUGUCAGCUCUUUUAUUCAAACGCAGUUGAAAAAAACUUCUCCGCUAGAAACACGAAACGUCGCGAAGUCAACUAAGGCUGAGUUAUUGUAAUACACGGCUGAGUUAUGGAUUAAAUUCCCGCUCAAAAUAAGAAAUAAGAAACGCCGCGAUACGAAACUAUAACCGUUAACUGCAGAUAAAUAAGGUACUUCUCAAACAAUUACACAUCUUCAACUCUCUAUCUUUUACACAACUGUCCUCUCAGAGAAAAUGGAAUAUUUCCCUCUGCUUGAAUUGUCUGAAGAUCUUCAGGCAAUGGUGGUUGAACGUGUGGCCCGUAACUCCUUCCAAGAUCUCUACCGCCUCAGAGCAUCGUCCAGGUCGAUGAAGGCGUUAGCAGAGAUGCGUAGGGUAUACCAUUAUUUCGAUGUGUUAUCCUUUCCCUGGGGUCUCAUUAUGCCAUCUCAGUUGUUGAAAACUUGCUACGCUGAGAACAAUCCAAGCACAAUUUAUGUAAAGGGUGUACAGUUUUUCUACUCAUACGAUGAGCAAGAUUAUGGCCUUUCUCUCCUCAAGCGUGCAGCAGAUGCAGGAUAUGAGCGUGCAAUGUAUACACACGCUAUGACUCAAGCAAUCUUUUACGGUGAUGCGCAGUAUUUUCGGAGAAUUCCAAGAGCAACUGUUGACAGGGUCGGGAAACUUGUUCGAGAUGCGAAAUGGGGAUGGGGUUUGUGGCAUACUGACGAGUUCCGUCAAAUUAAGGCCAUGUUCACUUCUACUUAUGUUCCGUCCUUCUACCUUUGCCAAUGUGCAAAUGUUGUGGACCGACAAUGUCUCUGCCUAUGGCACAUUGAUGUGACUAAGGACGACAACAUGUGUGAGCGCUGUUUCUGGAUCAAAGAGAUUUCCUUGUUCUUUCGUGAUUUUGAACCGAUAAGCCUGUUUAGGGACACAAGUAAGUGGUGAAGAUGUCUCUGCAUCAGAAUCUUAUCUUUUUUAUGUUUUUUGCUAUGCCAUUAUGUAUGUCGAACAAAAAAUUAUAUAUUCUGUUUUUAUGGCUGACUUAUUUUCAUCUUAUGGCUGAGUUAUUUUCAUCUAAUGGCUGACUUAUUUUCAUCUUAUGGCUGAGUUAUUUUCAUCUUAUGGCUGACUUAUUUUCAUCUUACGGCUGAGUUAUUUUCAUCUUACGGCUGAGUUAUUCUCAUUUAUUCAUCUUAUGACUGUUUUUUGAUUGUUCACCUAAACGUUAAGACUGAUAUUAUUACAUGUUACGGCUGAGUUGUUGUUUCGGAAGAAAUUAACAACGGCUGAGUUAAAUCCGAGUUACAUAAACAUAGACUGACUUAUGAGUACAGAAUCUGAGUGAACAAAGAAGUAGUAGUAGCAACUAAUACAUUUAAGACUUCAUCCUAAGACAUUCAAUAAUUUUUAUGAUCUCAGUUAUGUCUUUCUUCAUAUCAUCUAAUUCUGCUUUUAUAGCGGCCAAAUCCUGUUCUAUCGUCGCGAGUUUGUUUGCCACAACUACAAACUCUUCAUCAUGUGCUUCAUCAAGCCAUUUGAAAACAUGGUUUUGACCCAAAUUUGCUCCACAUCGAUAAAAUCUUCUACCCGGAUUCUUUAUUGUACCUGACGUUAACACAAUGGUAGCAGCUCCACAGUCGCACGUCCUUGGAAUUCCACGCUGUAGAUCCAUCUAAUUUAUACAUCAUAGCACACAAAAAAUAAUGCAAAAUCGAACAAGGCCAAAAUACAAAAAAUAAUUCAAAAUCGAUUUUGGACGAAAGAGACUUACUUUAGGUUUUAGAAGUCGACUCUGGUUUUUCCUUUAUCUUUUACUUGUAAAUAUUGGAAAUAUAAUAGGGAAAUCAUAUUAAAUAUAAAGAUCACGCGUGUCCAAAUAAAAUAAACAUAUAAUGACCUCGAUAUCGUAAAUUACUCGGACAUGCGUGUCAGGACAUAACUCGACACUGAGUUAAAUUAUGUAUGACUCUUUUGGCCAACUUUUAUUUUUCGACAUCAUUAAAUAUUAACAAUUUUACGACUGAACUUCCAUUGAACCUAAACUUAUGUAUGUCGAACCAGAAAUUUAUGUAUGUCUCUUUUUAUGGCUGACUAAUAUUCAUAUUAUGGUUGAGUUAUUGUUUAUGUUAUUGUUUGAUUAUGACUGACUUCCACUGAACGUUAUAGCUGAGUUACUAUCUUAUUAUGACUGACGAAUACUCAUAUAAUGGCUGGGUUAUUGUUUGAUUAUGACUUAAUUAACGUAACGGCUGAGAUGCAGUGAACGUUAUAACUGAGUUAUUAAAACAUUAUGACUGACGAAUACUCAUAUUAUGGCUGGGUUAUUGUUUGAUAGUGACUUAAUUAACGUAACGGCUGAAUUGCAGUGAACGUUAUAACUGAGUUAUUAAAACGUUAUGACUGACGAAUACUCGUAUUAUGGCUGGGUUAUUGUUUGAUUAUGAAUUAAUUAACGUACUGGCUGAGUUGCAUUGAACGUAAUAGCUGAGUUACUAAAAACAUUGCGUCUAAAUUAUUAUUACAACACAUGACUACGCAAAGAAAUAGUGCCAAAAUAUGGCCAUACCAAACCCACAAACCACCACUGGAAACAUCAAACACUUCAUCUUUUCCGCUUUACCGAGUUCUUUCUCCAACCGACCAACGUCUACUCUCAGAUCUGAUAUGCCUUUGGUCAUGUCACUCAUCACCGAUUUCAUAUCUUCUACCUCUUCCACCAAGCACUCGUCCGCCCAUUUGAAUAAAUGUCUCUGAUUUCACUAACAUGCCCAGCUCUUAGUAUCACAUUGACAGUAUAAUGAAUAAAAUUAAAAAUCAAACCUUAAUAUAUCCUUUGCGACAGCAAUAGUACAGUCUUCCUGGAUUAGCCCGUGAUGCAGAUGUACAUAAUUCAGCGGGUUCACCACACCAACACUGUUUCGGCGUUCCUCUUUCCACAUGCCGGCGGUGAAAGUAAGUGUUACCAGACACAUAUGAUGAAGAAGACAUUUUCUUUGAAUGAAAGAGAAAUUGGUGUGAAAGACAAAGUUAAAACAAUAGUGAUAGUAAUAUAAAAUCAUUUUUUUUUUUAAA